UGCGCCAAAGAAUCCAUUACUCUGUUUUCCGUAAUUUUCCAAUGCUUUUCUGUUCAUUUUCUCUUUUCCAGCCACCUUCGUGUCUCUCUCCCUGUCUCUCUAAGUCUCGCUCCAAUAUAUAAAUGAAACAACUCCAUAUUAAUUUUAUUUUUUAAAUGAUCCCUAUCUCAAUCUCAGAUUUAGAGAAGGCCUAAGCUUUGUUUAUUAUAAUAUUUGGAGGUAUGGGUGUUGAUCUUGAAUCUCUUUCAGAGGCAACCUCCGGUGCCAUUGGCUCCUUACUCAGUACAACGAUCUUGUACCCUCUUGAUACCUGUAAGACCAAGUAUCAAGCCGAAGUUCGUGCUCAUGGCCAGCGAAAAUACAGGCACCUUUCUGAUGUUUUAUGGGAAGCACUAUCCAAUGGACAAAUUCUUUCACUAUAUCAAGGCUUAGGGACAAAAAAUCUACAGUCUUUCAUUUCACAGUUUGUCUACUUCUAUGGGUACAGCUACUUUAAAAGGCUAUAUCUGGAAAAAAGUGGUUUCAAAAGAAUUGGAACGAAAGCUAACUUGAUUAUUGCUGCUGCUGCUGGUGCUUGCACUGCCGUUGUGACCCAGCCCCUAGAUACGGCCUCCUCAAGGAUGCAAACAAGUGCUUUUGGCAAAUCAAAAGGACUUUGGCAGACAUUGACAGAGGGCACUUGGAGUGAUGCGUUUGAUGGCCUUGGCAUCUCUCUUUUGCUGACCUCAAAUCCUGCAAUUCAGUAUACAGUGUUUGAUCAACUCAAACAAAGACAUCUCAAGGGAAAAGAAAAUGCAGCAGACAAGGGUUCCUCUGUAGAAGCCCUUUCUGCCCUCUCAGCAUUUGUUUUGGGUGCAGUUUCAAAGAGUGCUGCAACCUUUAUAACAUAUCCUGCAAUUAGGUGUAAGGUGAUGAUUCAAGCUGCAGAUUCAAAUGAUGAUGGAAGUAAGAAAGGAGAACCUAAAUCCCGUAAAACGGUGCCUGCAGUUGUGCGUGUGAUAUGGAGAAGAGAAGGACUUUUGGGCUUUUUCAAGGGAUUGCAAGCCCAGAUAUUGAAGACCGUACUGAGCUCAGCAUUGCUUUUGAUGAUCAAAGAGAAAAUUUCCAGAAGUACCUGGGUUCUGAUGCUUGCAAUAAGAAGGUAUCUAUUGCUUACAAGGGGCCGGCUAAAAAGUGCCUGAUAGCAAUAAAUCAUUGAUAAUAUGCUUUAGUUCUUUGUAAAUACUGGAUAUCAAGAAAUAGAUGGAUUUUAUGAGUCAUGUUCAAUUCCGCAAAUAGGAAGGUCAACAGUGAAAAAUAAAUACUCGAAAUCGAAGGGUAAGUGUUACUACAUCAGGGCCACAUUUUAUUCAUGGGGUAAGAUGUAGUCUGCGAGAAAUAAUCUGAUGCUGAGAAUUCUUAGCCUGCAGAGAGACUGGUUAGUACCUAUCUAAACAGUGACUUGUAUUGUUUUUAAAGCAGUUUAAAUUUCAAUUUCUUCUUGUCA